AUGGAGCCAUGGCUGGAUGGACUGUCAGAAGAAUGGAAGUCGGAGCAUGCACCUUCUUCACCUCGCUCUAGCAUGGGCGGUAGGAGCAAUACGAGUCGCCAAAUCUCCAGCAACGGCUCACAGAGUCGGAUUCCUCACCUGGCACACAAUAUUCGGAAUGCUAGCAACAGUAGCUUCCUCAAGCCACGCUCAUCUCGUGGUAUUGCGAGACAGAAAGAGAACAAUGCUCUGGGCGAGAGGUCACCGUCUAGCCUGAACGCCCUACCAAUAUCCUCCCCAAUCAGUGGCUCAAAACGACGAGCACCAUCCACCAUUCCUUUACCUCGUCGAUCUUCGAGCUCUAGUAUGUCCGCCUCACAAACAUCGGUCCAGCAUCACACGAUGGAUCGAUCGUCCGGUAUACACGAAACACCAGAGUGGAAAAAGCGCUUGCAGGCAGGAACUGAACUCACUAGUGAUGGAGUCGACCUCUUUUCUCCUUCGAAACUGGAAGGCAUGUUCAAACAGUCGUCAUGUCCUGUCGACCCUGAGGACGAAGAGAACGAUGCAUCGCUGUUAAUCACAACCACCGACAAAAGGCCUUGGAACUUCCUCAACGACACCGCUUUCCCACCUCCUUCCGAGAACUUUGCCUCAUAUCGAACGUCGAAGAAUAGACCUUCAGGCAUGGGCACCCUGCAGGAAGUCGAGGAAGAAGAUGAGGAUAGAGCUUUUGACCUCUCAGCCAUAUCGUCUAUCAUUGGACGAGAACCAGUCGAAGGUAUCGUGAGACGAAGGGUUAGUAACCUGGAGCUAGUUCACAGUAGAAACAGUCCAAGAACUUCUCACGAUCCACGCCUACGCACGAUUAGCGGUCGCAAGGAGAUGAGCGAUGAAGUCUUCUCUCCACUCGAAGAUUCGGAAAAGAGCAGUGUUCGGAAGCAGGCUUUACAAGAGACGCUUGACACCAAUUCCCAUGGCCUGAGGCGCAGAUUGCGAGAGAUACAGACGAGUAGGGACAGGUCGAAGUCGCCGUGCAGUGAUCACGACAUAUCCUACGACGCUCAAGGUCUGGACAGCUUGGAAGAGUCGAUUUUACCAGAAGAGCUUGCCGCAGAGAUGACUUCACAAUCAUUGCCGGAAGACCUGUCAAUGGGCACGCAAAAUUACCAGCCCAAUAGUAUACUCGAAGUCAUGACUAAGCGACAAACCACUGGAGCUAGCAGCAGCUCGGUCAUUCAUAGGAAAGCUACCUCCAUAAGAACAUCGUCUCAUCCUGAUGACAAUAGAAACUUCCGCAGUUCACCUCCUCCAUAUCGGACCAACAACAUCGAAGACAGCAGACUUACAGUGAGCGAACCUUCUAGUCCUGCAGAUACGAGUGUCGUACAUCAUGCCCCAACCUCAACCCAGUAUAGCACCGCUGGAAGUCCAUUGAAGUUAUUCGGCAACCGAGAUACCUAUACCAACAACAAACUCAUGCGUGUUCUAAGUCAAUUUGAAGAGGAUCGGUCCGAGCCAAGUAUGCCCGAGGAGGCCGCUGCUUUUCGUAUGAGUAACUUUGGAAAAGGUGAGCUGGACGCCUUUGGCUUCGACAAGCAGAUUGAUCGUCCUCCGCCACAAGAGAUGCAAGUCAAUCCUGUGGCUGAGAAAGUCUUCAAAGGCCUUGCUUCUUCGAACGUCGCACAACACAACACUACGACGCAGGCGGAGGCUCAAUCUUCGCCUGUCAGAGAAAGAUCUACAAAGAGACGAAGAACUUUGUUAAAGGACGAGAUUGUGGUAGAUGGUACGGAAGUCGAGGUCAAACUUACUACUGUAGCUGGUAAUAGCUUGGCUGGAAAGAAAAGACGGGACGCUCUGCCUGGUAAAGACCCUGAGCAAGCCUCGCCCGACACGAUGGCUUCCCGGCCUGUUCUACGCCCUGCAGGCUCCCGGAAGUCGUCUUCGAAUAGUCAUACUAGGACUGCUUCAGCCUCCGAGGCUCUGCUCAACGAUGCAAUUCCUCCUACAGACCUUGCGCAGCAAUUGGCCGGCGAGCUAGAAUCUUUCGUCAAGACAGCAGCGGAGAUAAAGCAAGACUCCCGGAAGGCUUCAUUGGCGACCAAGGAUUAUAUGGAAGAGGCAAACAAAGUGAUGGAGUUUAUACGUGCAAGAGGAAAGCCGAAGCUGCCCCUGCCUGACAUACAGGAGCCUCAGGAUAUCUCGGAGCUCAACCCUGAUGCCAUACUCGAUCUCGAAGUCGACGAUUCCACAAAAGACUCAUUUUCAAGACCGCCAUCUCGAGAAGGUCGUGUUAUGCCCAAACCGGAUCGAAGAUAUGCACUACAUGAUGCUCAGACAGCGAAACAUCUGAACAAGUUCCGCGACCCCGAUGACCUCGAACUCCUCGCGAGCACCUCUGCACUAGGAACGCUGCACCUUGUUGACAAUAAAGCUGUCGAAGAAGCUGCACUUGUGCCUGUCCCAGAAGAUGACCAGCUCGAUAUUGGCGAGAGUUUCCAAAGCGAUCCACCAGGUAUUCGCAUCUUGGAUGUUAACGACAGGAAGAGAAAAUACUCUCUCUCGGACGCUGACUCGGCAGAUGCUCACCUCUCACAAAACAUACACAGCAGCGAUUCUAAACGCACAAUAAACACAACCUCUUCUGUCAGUACUGGAACAAGAGGUAUGAUUAGUCAGGGUACCGUGACUAUUCCUGAUACCAUUGGCGCAAUGAUGUUUGAUCAAGAGAGGCAAAUCUGGGUCAAGCAAAACAUAAGAACAAAGAAAAUCCCUGCCCCAAGUGCUACUCCUGAAAGCAAAGCUGGGAGGGAGUAUAGCGAGGCAGACCCAUUCGAUGGUAUACCAGAUCUCAGUAUCGACGAGACAAAGGAAGCAAAUCUGAAGAAGAGUCCAAAGCAACCAAAUAGCCGACAACAAGCACCAGAGUCCGGCGUGGAAGUUCGUGUCCAGCAACCAAAGGACCCGCACAACGGCCCACGCAAUGUGUCGGCAAUCUUCACACCAGGCAAGUCAUCCAUGAAAUCUCCUCGCAAAUUGCGGCCCACUACCGAACAGAGUCGACCUAUCUCGAAGGGUUCAGAAGCCUCGAAGCAUGAAGAACGCCUACAUGAUGGUAUUGCCUCUGAGGAUGUUGGCGCGUCCGCUAAACAGCAACCGAGAGUCGUCACAAUCGCGUUUAGUUCACCCAUUGCUUCUGAGAUUCCAUAUACACAUCCGCCAAGCAUCUCUGACGCGGAUCUGGACCAAGACGAUCCCAGUCUUCUACCUUUGGACGAUGAGGGUUCUGUACUCGCCAGUAGUCCUGCCAGAGUUACAGAGCAAAUCGAUCCGUUGGCUGAGCAUGGGACAUCACGUCUGCGUCCAAUCAUUGGGUCCACCGAGCGCCAUGAGCAAUACCGAGCAAUGACGCUGAAUAGAAGGCCUGUCUCAAGGAUAGAUGAGUAUAGUGAGGACCAAGAGGACAAUCGGGAGCUGUCACUCGUUCACAUCAAGCAUACUGAUAUGACCCCACUGCCGGAGAGACAGAUGAGCCUACGGAAAGCUUCUGCGCGGAAAGAGUCGAGUAUACUGUGUCUUACGCCCCUAUCGGACUUCACCCUGCAUCAGGCUGACAAAGCGAACCAUCCUGAAGAAAGCUUCGUUGCCGAAAGAGCCAAUCCGAAGGCCUUGAGACAGGCACAUGGUUCGCAUGCCCUAGUCGAGGACGACGUGGUCAAGGCCAUCACUGACGCUGAGCCAUCUGAGCUCUUUUGGGAGCAGCUACGUCGAUUAUCGUUGCAGAAGAGUGGUCUUGGAGCACUACACGGGCUGAAGACUUAUUGCUCAGCGCUAGAGCACCUCGAUGUGAGAGGUAACAAGGUGUCUCAGCUGACGGAUUUGCCAAUAUCGUUACGGUCGUUGAAUGUUUCGUCAAACAUGAUCACUGACAUGACUUCGUGGACACACCUUCAUAAUCUGCAAAGCAUUGAUGUAUCUGGCAACCAGCUCGAAAGUCUGCAGUGCUUCAGUGGCCUCAUUCAUCUUAGACACCUCAAGGCAAGCGACAAUAAAAUCCACAAUCUCGAGGCUAUACUCGACUUGAGUGGUCUUGUAACGCUUGAUCUCAGUGGCAACGACAUUCCAGACGUUGACUUUGUCGAUUGCGAGCUGACAUCUUUGGAAGAGCUGGACCUGAGCAGAAACAAUCUUGUACAUGCCAAGAAUCUGUAUGAACUGCCAAAGUUGAAGUAUCUAGACUUGAGCGAAAAUUUGCUGGAGGAAUUAGUGGUCAAAGGGGACAAGAUCGUGCCGAAACUAGUGACGUUAUGCCUUGGACAGAACGAGAUUGCCGAGCUUGAUUUGACGGCUUUCCCAUUGCUCGAACGACUCAAUAUCGACUGCAACAACAUCAAGCACUUACCUGGACUUCCCGAAGCCGAGCACCUGAAAGUGCUCUCAGCGCGUGACCAGCGAGUGGCUUCUAGUCUUGUCAACGACGUGUUAGGGACUUCUCAUGAUUGCACUGAGCUGUACUUGUCGGCAAAUGCUCUAACAGAAGGCGAGAUAGUACUCCCACGACAACCAAAUUUCACAUUACGAUGCCUGGAGCUUGCUUCUUGUGGUGUACACGUUCUUCCUCAAAGGUUCGGCGACCAUUUCCCAAAUUUGAGAGUAUUUAACCUCAAUUUCAACGCCUUGUCCGAUCUCUUGCCAUUGCAAGGUGCAAUCAAGCUGAAACAGCUAUGCGUGGCCAAAAACAGGAUCAAGAAAAUGAGGCGCACUUGCCUCACGAUAUCACGUCUACCAGCACUGAAGAAGGUGGACCUCAGGGACAAUCCCCUCACAGUUGGUUUCUAUGCACCACUAGCUGAAGAGAGAGACGAACAUAUCCCGCAGUGUUUACCUGCAAGAAUACCAGAACAGGACAAAAGAUGGCUAGGGUUGAUGGACGAAGUGACCUGGUUGAGGAGGAGAGCAAUGGAGCUUCUACUUGCUGAUCGCUGUCAACAUGUCGAGGAGAUCGACGGCUUAGCUCUUGAUAGGGAGGUCCUGAAACGAGAGAAGUCGACUUGGGAAAGGUUAAUGAGGAAAGGGGUUUUAAUGGAACGUGAAAAGGAAGCGAGUGUACAUGUGACUGAGGUAUGA